GAGCGGCACUUGUGAGUGAGGCAGCGAGGGAGAGCAGGGCGAACGAGCAGCCGGCCGGGCGGCGUGGUCAGACCAGGACAGGCCACACCAUAGCAGACCAUGCGGCGGCGGGCGCCGCCGCCGCUGCUGCUGCGGCUCCUGGUCUUCCUGGACUUCCUAGCAAACAUCUGCUGCCGGGACCUGUUUGGCGUUGUGGGAGAAAAUUUUUCUUUUCCAGUAAAUAUAAGAAAAAACCCAGAGGAGAUAAUUUGGACAAAAAACAAGGAUAAAGUGGCUGAAUGGGAAGGACAAAAGACGACGUAUUUUACUUCUUUCCGUAACAGAAGCUUCCUUAAUGAGGAGAAUGGCUGCUUGACUAUAUUUAACUUGCAGAACAGUGAUGCUGGCAUAUACGUACUAGAGUACUUGAGUACUCAGAAAGAAAGUUCUCUCUUAACCUUCACACUUACUGUGCUACCUCCCCCUUCAAAACCUGAAACAAGUUGCAAUGUCAGUGGGGAUAGCUUUGUACUGAAAUGUACAGCAGAUUUCCCAAAGCCACUGAAUUACACAUGGAAGUUGAACAGCAUACCGCAAAUUGUUCAUCACGUGCCAGAAGUUUUCAUCCCUAAGAAGGAUGUUGGUGCUUCCACGAAAGCUGUGUGCUUCAUUAAAUUCUCUCAAACGGAAAAGAGCUCUGAAAUCUCUUUGACUGAAUGCUUGUCAGAUGAAAAAGGAGGCAGCCAUCAUGAAAGAAGCAGAAAUGGUCUUAUUGCAGCUUUUAUUUGCAUGGCAGUUGCAGCAAUAGUAGUAUUUCUAUACAAAAGAGCUGUUAAUUCAUAAGCAAGUAAUUGCUUUGUGGAACAAAGAAGAAUGGAAGAGAAGCUGUAGAAUUCAACAGUGAAGGAGCUGCCACCUUUUCUCUUGAAGGUUUUCCUAGAAGCACUGAAGUCAUCCUUUAAGUGGAUGCUUUGAAGACCAGCUGAACUGUUUCGAGUGUCUGCUCUUCUUUUCUUAGAAGGGACAAUGACACUAACACAAAAUGUAAGAGCUAAGGUCUUUUUUAUCAUAUUUAGAAACUAACAAAGACGUGUCCACUUGCAUGAGUGUAGAUAAAUCAAAAACUAAUUAGCUUUCUAUGCAAUGUUGGGUCAAUACUUGUUUACAGGCAGAAAAAGGACACUUGAUCCUUCAGCAAACCCAGAUGCCUUUUCUCGUCUCUGGGUUUUUUUUCUAGAACUUUUGAUAUUUUUUGCACUUUUAAGGUUCUUUUUUUUUUUUGUCUUAGCUUCUGCUCACAGUAUUCUAAAAGUAUGUCAAUCUACCCAUUGCUGUACAGAGAACAAUAUGUUUUUAGGCUGCUUGUGACUGGAAAGAAAACUUGAAAACUGAAGUCAUACAUACACUGAAGCUCAAAAAGAGCCAAAGAGAAAAGAAUACCAUGUUAAUACAGCCCAAGAUGCUGUUGGCUGCCUUUGCUGUCAGGGUAGACUGCUGGCUCAUGUUUGGUAAGAUGCCAGAGAGGGACUCUUCAUCAGGGACUGUAGCAACAGGACGAGGGGUGAUGCGUUCAAACUUAAACAGGGGAAGUUCAGGUUAGAUAUAAGGAAGAAGUUCUUCACUGUGAGCGUGAGAUACUGAAAUGGCUUGCUCAAAGAAGUGGUAAAUGCUCCAUUUCUGGUAGUGCUCAAGGCCAGAUUGGACAGAGCCUUGGGCAACGUGGUCUACUGUGAGGCGUCCUUGCCUAUGGAAGGGGGGUUGGAGCUGGAUAUAUAUUACAUGUACACAUAAUAUAGAAUCACAGAAUGGUUAGAGUUCAAUCAUCCAGUUCCAACCCCCUGCCAUGGGCAGGGACACCUCACACUAGACUAGGUUGCUCCAAGCCCCAUCCAACCUAGCCUUGAAUACUGCCAGGGAUGGAGCUAUAUUUAUUAAAUAAGCUAAAAAACCCCUGUUAUAUCUUUUUGUAAUACAUACUUACACUUACUUAACCUUUAAAUUUAGUAAAUGAUCCCCAAAACUAAUCAUUAACUUGAAGUGAUUUAUUUAUUUGUAUAUUUAAGUCACAACUCUUUUUCCACUGCACCUUCAAUGGAUUUAUCAGGAUGAUACUGUUUACUUCUUUGUAAGAAGUUUCCACACAAAGAUGUCCUUUGUGAUGUGUAUUGUGGCAAGGGUAAACCUGUAGCUUGUUUUCCUGCUUGGACAAAGGCUUGCUUUCUGUUAUUAAUAUGAAAAAUAAUGGUGAAAAAAAUGAUUGUUUGGAGGAACUGGCUAAAACUGCUCCCAGAAACUACCAGUUCCUCUAGUAUGCAUCAUUCUUCCUGUGUAAUUUAAAACUAAAAGGCAUGCAGAAGUCUUACACAGGGUGUGGUUUUGAAAAUUCCUUGACACUUGAUAUCGUUGACUUUGUUUCCAAAUCAAAAAGCAACAGCCUUCAAAAAUAGUAAGUGAUUUGGGUUAAUUAACCACCAUUGCUGGAAAUCUUUUAGCAUGAUUCAUGGAAUUUUGGAGCUUUAUCCAAAGUAGAAAAGCCCGGGCUGACAUAAGAACAAAAACUACAGGCUCUACAGUGUCUCACUGCAUGCUUUCACCCACUCCCUUUGCACAGUGUCCUGGUUUCAGCUGUACAGGUGUGGGUUUUUUUCUCUAAGUGGUACAGUGCUGUGUUUCAACUGUAGUCUGGGAAUAAUGCUGAUAGCAACAGCUAAAACAUCAGUGUGUUCAGUAAUGUUUACCCCUCCUCCAGUGAGGAGGGGCACAAGAAGCCAGGAGGAAGCAGAGACAGGACACCUGACCCAAACUAGCCAAAGGGGUACUCCAUAGCACAGCACAUCAUGCCCGGUAUAUAAACUGGAGGAGUCACCUGGAAGGGACAAUCACUGCUUAGGUUGGGUUGGGUAUCGAUCAGUGGGUGGUGAGCAAUUGUAUUGUGCAUCACUUGUGUUUAUUGAUGUUUUUCCUUUCCCCUUUUAGUUUUAUAUUCUCUUCCCUUGUUAUUUAUUAAAAUGUUCUUAUCUCAA